GCGAGAGUACUAGGAAGGAGAGAGGAGCCUAGCCCCCUUAUUCAUACCUGGCCCCUCCCCUCCCACUGCUUUCGGAGCAGUUUUGCACUUGAUCGCCCUCUCUCCCAGCCAGAGUUGAUGGGUCUAGAGAAGGCAAAUGAGUCCUUUCAUGGAGAAUUAUAACUGAGUUGGAGAGAAACUUGGCUCUGCAACAUGUAAACUCAGGCGCUCUUGGUGGUUUUCAGGGCUGAACAUGGGAAGGGAAGAUAGCCCAAAGCCAAAGGGAAGAAUGAAGGGGAGGCUCAGAGAAAAACGGCGAGGAUACUAUUCUGGAUUUCUUAUAGUUCCUGGUCCUAUGCCUUCCUAAGGCCCUGCGGCUUCUCUGCCCUUGGCAUCCAUGAGCUUCUGUAAUACCCUUCCACUGAAAUUUAGGUUUCACUCAAGCUGGUUCCCACGGAUUCCUGUAACUUAUAACCAGAAGAGCCUAAGGAAGGUGCCAGGCUUCUGCAGCUCAGCUUCAUGGCCUCGGAGAGCCUCACUCCCUGUAAGAGUUGUAAGAAUCAAGUAAAGAAGAAGAGAGAGAAAGUGCUGUGAAGCUCAUUUUACAGAGGGAGAAACUGAGGUUCAGAUUGCAUCAAGAUGCACAAGCAACACAAGGAAGCGGAUCCAUAGCUUUCAUCAGAUUCCCAAAAGGAUCGGAACUUGCUGUGAAUGAGAUGGUUGAGGCCAAUGCAGUUCAAAAAACAGUCAGGAAGCAUAUUCCAACAGAACAAGCCAGAACCACCGGUGUAACAUCUGAGAAUUAUAAACCCUCAGCCUUCUGUAGCAGCUGGACAGACUGUGAUUUGAAUCGAAACUCUCCGAGUGAAGCUGGUGUCUUCUGGUGCAGUAGCUCCGAGAUGAAGUCACCCUGGAAAAUCCUUAUGGCCACUCCUCUGUUCUUUCUCCUGACCCUUCACACCUUGGCCUCUCCAGCCUAUGACCACCAGCGCGGCACCAGACGCUCCAAUGGCCAAGUCUGUAUAGGGUGUGUGCUGGUGGUGUCUGUGAUUGAACAGCUUGCUCAAGUUCACAACUCAACGGUCCAGACCUCAAUGGAGAGACUGUGCAGCUACUUGCCUGAAAAACUGUUCUUGAAGACCACCUGCUAUUUAGUGGUAGGCAUAUUUGGACCAGACAUCAUAAAACUGCUCAGAGCUGAUGUGAAUGCUGAUGUGGUGUGUCACACCCUGGAGUUUUGUAAACAGGACCCUGGCCAACCCUUGUGUCACCUCUAUCCCCUUCCCAAGGAGACAUGGAAAUUGACACUAGAGAAGGCAAGACAGAUUGUCAAGAAAUCCCCAACUCUGGCAUAUUCCAGAAGUGGUUCUGAUAUUUGUUCACUCCCAUUUUUGGCCAAGAUCUGUCAGAGGAUUAAAUCGGCUAUACAAAAUUCUUUACCAUUCAAAGAUGUAGAUUCAGACAAAUACAGUGUUUUCCCAACACUGCGGGGCUCUCACUGGCGAGGGAGAGACUGUAACGACAGCAACAAGAUGGCAUACCCAGGCAGAAGGCCAGACAACUGGGAUACACAUCAGGAUUCAAACUGUAAUGGCAUUUGGGGUGUUGAUCCAAAAGAUGGAAUUCCAUACGAGAAGAAAUUCUGUGAAGGUUCACAGCCCAGGGGAAUCAUUUUGCUGGGAGACUCAGCUGGGGCUCAUUUUCACAUCCCUCCCGAUUGGAUCACAGCUUCACAGAUGUCUUUGAAAUCCUUCUUCAGUUUACCAACAGCUCUUACCAAUGAGCUCGACUGGCCCCAACUCUCUGGCGCUACUGGAUUUCUGGACUCCACUAGCGGAGUUAAAGAAAACUCCAUUUACCUUCGUUUACGGAAAAGAAACCACUGCAAUCACAGGGACUACCAGAACAUUUCAAGAAAUGGUGCAUCUUCCCAAAGCCUGGAGAGAUUUAUAGAAAGUUUGUCUAGGAACCAGCUGUUGGACCAACCAGCCAUUGUCAUAUACGCCAUGAUUGGAAAUGAUGUCUGCAAGAGGAAGAUUGAUCCCGUCCCAGACAUGACCACUCCUGAAAAAUUGUACUCAAAGGUCAUGCAGACUCUGCAGUAUCUAGAUUCCCACCUGCCAAAUGGCAGCCAUGUGAUUUUAUACGGCUUACCAGAUGGAACCUUUCUCUGGGAUAAUUUGCACAGCAGAUAUCAUCCUCUCGGCCAGCUGAACAAGGACGUGACCUACGCGCAUUUCUACUCCUUCCUGAACUGUCUCCAGGUCAGCCCCUGCCACGGCUGGAUGUCUUCCAAUAAGACGCUCCGGACUCUCACUUCAGAGAGAGCAGAACAACUCUCCAAUACGCUGAAAAAAAUUGCAACCAGCCAGAAAUUUACGAACUUCAAUCUUUUCUACAUGGAUUUUGACUUCCGAGAAAUCAUGGAGGAGUGGCAGAGGAGCGGAGGGCAGCCCUGGCAGCUCAUUGAACCCGUGGAUGGAUUCCACCCUAGUGAGGUGGCUUUACAGCUGUUGGCAGAUCGCUUCUGGAAGAAGGUGCAGCUCCAGUGGCCCCAGGUCCUGGGAAAGGAGAAUCCAUUCAACCCCCAGAUUGAGCAGGUGUUUGGAGACCAAGGCGGGCACUAAGUCCCCAGGGACACCUGCUCCUGGGGAGCUCAGGAAGGCAGAAACUUGGGUAAACUCAUUCAAGAAACAGUUAUGGGGGCGACUGUGUUACAAACUCAC